AUGGCCGACCAGCACUUGUCCGUCAAUGGCCAGACCCGCCCCGGCACCGUCAGACACCCGACCGCGCCCUCGAUGAUGAUGAACUCGCACUUUGCCGGCGUUGGCGACAACGUCGACAAGGAGGCCUACGGGCAUGGCAUCCAGGUCGUGGAUGAGGACAAGGUCUUCAACAACAACCUCUCCACAUAUCUCAACAUCGAGAAAGUCAUACCCGCCGGCUUCAACUACCACCUUAUAUCUGUCUUUGGGUCGCAAUCGACGGGCAAAUCCACGCUGCUCAAUUACCUCUUCGGCACACAAUUCGGCGUCAUGGCCGAGCAGGAGCGCCGGCAGACCACCAAGGGCAUAUGGAUGAGCAAGAACAAGCGCCCAGAGGGUGGCUCGGCCAUGGCGGAGAACAUCCUGGUCAUGGAUGUUGAGGGCACAGACGGUCGCGAGCGCGGGGAGGACCAGGACUUUGAGCGCAAGAGCGCCCUGUUUGCGCUUGCGACGAGCGAGGUCCUGAUUGUCAAUAUUUGGGAGCACCAGGUUGGAUUGUACCAGGGCGCAAACAUGGGCCUGCUCAAGACAGUGUUCGAGGUCAAUCUGCAACUCUUUAUCAAAGACAGCAAAACAAUCCCUAAAUCCCUCCUCUUCUUCGUCAUCCGCGACCACCUCGGAACCACGCCCCUCAAAAACCUCCAAAACACCCUCACACAAGACCUGUCGAAACUAUGGUCAACCAUCUCAAAACCGAAGGGACUCGAAAACUCGCGGAUAGAAGAAUACUUCGACUUCGCCUUCGUCGCGCUACCACACAAGAUCCUGCAGCCGGAGAAGUUUGAGGAGGCAGUGACAAAGCUCAGCCUGCGGUUCAAGGAGGGAUACAACGACCCAAAGACCAGCGGCCUUGUCGACGAGGCCGAGCUACCCAUCUUCCAACCCCAAUACCACCGACGGAUACCCGCGGAUGGUUUCCCAGCAUACGCUGAAGGUAUUUGGGAUCAGAUCGUGCACAACAAGGACUUGGAUCUGCCGACACAACAAGAGCUGCUUGCGCAGUUCAGAUGCGACGAGAUCUCGCGCGAGGUCCUGGUCCUAUUCGAUGAGACGAUUGCGCCACUCGAGGAGAAGCAGGCCGAGGACACCAGGAUGGGAAAGCCGUCGGUCAUUGCAGAACUUGGUGCGGCAAUGAAUGCUGCGCGGUCCACGGUUUUCAAAGAUUUUGAGACCAAUGCUAGUCGGUACCACAAGGGCGUCUACAAGAGGAAACAAGCGGAGCUUGAGGGCAAGGUAGAUACGCGCCUCAAGGCGCUCUCCCAGAAGCAGCUCAAUGCCGCACACAAGUCUGGCGUUGAGAGCUUUAGCGAUGCCGUCAGCGCUGCGGUGAAGGCCGGACAGAAGAAGGGUGCUUCGUAUGACUUCGCGCAAAUCGUCGACUCGGAAAAGAAGAAGGCAAUUGCACAGUUCGGGGAGCAGGCAAAGAGCAUUGUGAUCGAGGGCGCAUCAUGGAGCAGCUUUGAGCACGAGCUCAAGGUCUACCGCAAAGACCUGGACGAUGUAUCAGGACGUCUCCGCAAGGACGAGAUGCGACGACUUGCGACAAGAAUCGAGCGCUGGGUACGGUCACGAUUGGACGAGUCUGUUGGUCUCGAAUUCAACAAGCUCGGAACUGGCCGAGGAGGUUCCGGCGCACCAGAGCACGGCGAGCGCCCACCAAGCGAGAAGGAUCUCUGGGAUCGCGUGUGGGCAAUCUUCACAGAGACCGUUUCUAGCGCAGAGAAGCGCUUCACCGACCGCGCACAAAGCUUCGACGCUAGCCCCGAGGAAGUGGAUGUCGGUCUGUGGAGACUGCGGCGCAAAUCGUGGGGCGUGCUCCGCGCGAAGAUCGACGAGGAAGUCAUGGAAGGCAACAUCCUUCUCAAGCUUAGGGAGAACUUUGAAGACAAGUUCCGCUAUGACGAGCAGGGCGUGCCGCGGAUAUGGCGGCCUACCGACGACAUUGAGGGCAUUUACACCAAGGCUCGCGAGUCGACGAUUACGGUUAUCCCGCUGCUUGCGCGCUUCAAGCUUUCGAAAACGUCCGCGCCACCACCGCUCGAUGCUUGGAUUGGCGAUGCACCCGCUUCCGUCACUCCCGCCGACGAAGAGGACCUGACACCUAUCGGCGGCCUAGACGAAGAGGAGGGCAAGAGCCUGGAGGAAGAAAUGACAGUCCUCUCCGACGCCAAGCAAGCGGACCUGCUCAUCCGCUUCAAGAAAACCGCAGAUGGCGUCUACGUCGAAGCCAAGCGUAGCGCGAUUGGCGGCAUCACGCAGGUGCCGCUGUACUUCUACGGCCUCCUGGUGGCGCUGGGCUGGAACGAGAUAGUAGCCGUUCUACGCAACCCCGUCUACUUCAUUUUCCUCAUCCUCUGCGCCGUUGGCGCAUACGUCACCUACACACUCAAUCUCUGGGGCCCCAUGAUCCGCAUGGGCAACGCGGCGUCUGCGCAAGCGCUGGAAGUUGGGAAAGAAAGGUUACGCGAGUUCUUGGAGAGCAGCGAGUCUGGUAGACAGGCUAUGGCAAUGAGUGGCAAUCAGCCCCGAGGCGAGAGUGUGAGGAUGAAUCGCCUCAAUGGCAAUGGCAAGAAGGAUGAGGAUGCGGAAGUGGAGGAUUUGGAUGAUAUUUGA